AUGCUCGUGUCAGUUAGAGACAGUCCAAGAUCCGAGCUUAGGCCGCAGAUCGGGCAAAUGAAGAACUCCAGGCCGCAGUCCAUAACGUGUUCUAAUAGCACUGGCAGAAGUAAGAGGAUAAGAACGAUAUUCACUCCGGAACAGCUGGAGCGGCUGGAGGCGCAGUUCGAACGGCAGCAGUACAUGGUGGGGCCAGAGAGGCUGUAUUUGGCGCACGCUUUACAGUUCACCGAAGCACAGGUGAAAGUUUGGUUUCAGAAUCGACGUAUUAAAUGGCGAAAACAUCACCUAGAAGUAACUCAGCAAAGACUCGCAGUGUUACAAAGACACAGGCCCGAGGAUCGUGACGAUGACGUGUGA